CUGGUGACCGCCGAACCCUUCGCUUGGCCGGGGCGGCCAGCGGUACCUGGCACUGAGAAGCUGCCAGCUAACCGGGCUCGGUUACUCGGGGAGAGGACUCUACAGCUGCCUGAGUUUGGGACUGGGCUGUGACUUGGAGGGGUAGCCCCGGCCCGAAGGAGAAGUGCGGGCGCGGGUUGGCGUAGUUUCACCCGCGGCGGCCCCUUCUCUUCACUCUCGCGUGGCGCGGCCGGGCUUGGCCAAAUCUCUCCCUGGAGUUCUUCUUCGGGGAAAGAGUUAUGGAAGCGCUGAGCUGCAUCCAGGACGAGCCUUUCGUCCACCCCCUAGGACCCGAGCCUGAGCCUCAGUCUGAGCUAGCUGCGGUUGCAGCAGCAGCUGCUGCAGGGGGGAGCCCGUCCCAGACCGGGCCGGGCAAGCCCGGGGAGAAGCGAUUCAGGCUCUGGUACGUGGGUUCUUCGUGCCUGGACCGGAGGACCACGCUGCCCAUGCUGCCCUGGCUGAUGGCGGAGAUCCGCCGUCGGAGCCAGAAGCCCGAGCCCGGCACUGCCCGCGAGGUGCUCCUGCUGCUGAGCUCACCAUACCUCCGCUGCGUUCCCGCCCCCUCGGGCGGCAGCGGGGGUACGGGGGGUAGUCCUUCAGCCCCCGGCCCACAGCCCAACCCGUCCGUAUUCAUCUUCGAGCACAAGGCGCAGCACAUCUCCCGCUUCAUUCACAACAGCCACGACCUUACCUACUUUGCCUACUUGAUCAAAGCCCAGCCCGAUAACCCCGAAUCCCAGAUGGCCUGUCACGUUUUUCGGGCCACCGACCCCAACCAGGUUCCUGAUGUUAUUAGCAGUAUAAGGCAAGUGUCUAAAGUAGCCCUGAAAGAAGAUGCCAAACCUAAUAAAGAUAAUGAGGAUGCCUUUUACAACUCUCAGAAGUUUGAAGUGCUUUAUUGUGGAAAGGUAACUGUGACCCAUAAGAAGGCCCCAUCGACUCUCAUUGAUGACUGCAUUGAAAAGUUCAGCCUACACGAACGUCAGCGUCUCCGGCUCCAGAGUGAGCAGCGCAGUUGUGAUUCUAGUAGUGACCUUGUGGUCCUUGACUCAGAAGCACCCAUUUCACCAGCAGAUGGUCAAUUUGAGGAACUUGAUGAAAUAACCUCUCCUGCCUCUGGCCUAACAAUGGUGGUAGGACAGACAAGUCUGUCUGGCUCUCGUGUCUGCUUCCCUGAAAGGAUUUUGGAAGAUUCUGGUUUUGAUGAACAGCAAGAAUUUCGGUCUCGAUGUAGCAGUGUGACUGCAGUUUCACAGAAGAAGGUGCAUGAUGGCACCCUAAAAGUACAACCACGAAGAAGACAUGCAAGUGCCCCUAGUCAUGUCCAACCCUCUGACUCAGAGAAGAAUAGAACGAUGUUGUUCCAGGUUGGGAGAUUUGAAAUUAAUCUAAUCAGCCCAGAUUCCAAGUCAGUUGUUCUUGAAAAGAAUUUUAAAGAUAUAUCUUCUUGUUCUCAGGGUAUAAAGCAUGUUGAUCACUUUGGAUUUAUCUGUCGGGAAUCUCAAGAACCUGGGUUGAAUCAGUAUAUUUGUUAUGUGUUCCAGUGUGCAAGUGAAUCUUUGGUGGAUGAGAUAAUGCUUACCCUGAAACAAGCCUUCACCACAGCGGCUGCCCUUCAGAGUGCCAAAACCCAGAUUAAGUUGUGUGAGGCCUGUCCAAUGCACUCUUUGCACAAACUCUGUGAAAGAAUUGAAGGCCUUUAUCCACCAAGAGCCAAACUAGUAAUACAGAGACAUCUCUCAUCAUUGACGGAUAACGAACAGGCUGACAUUUUUGAACGUGUUCAGAAAAUGAAACCCGUAAAUGACCAAGAAGAAAAUGAACUUGUAAUUUUGCAUUUGAGGCAGUUAUGUGAAACUAAACAAAAGACCCAUAUUCAUAUUGGAGAAACUCAGUCGACACUUUCUAAUAAUACAGUUCCUGAAAAUGUGGGCAGCAGUGGCAGGUUCAAACUUGACAUUUUGAAAAACAAAGCUAAGAGAUCCUUGACCAGUUCUCUGGAAAAUAUCUUCUCAAGGGGAGCUAACAGAAUGAGAGGCCGUCUAGGAAGCAUGGACAGCUUUGAAAGGUCCAACAGUGUUGCUUCAGAGAAGGACUGUUCACCGGGUGACUCUCCACCAGGCACCCCGCCAGCCUCCCCACUGUACUCAACCUGGCAGACGUUCCCUGAAGAGGACUCAGACUCCCCUCAGUUUCGAAGGCGGGCACACACAUUCAGCCAUCCCCCCUCAAGUACAAAGAGAAAGAUCGCCUUACAGGAUGGGCGAUCUCAUGGCGUUCGGUCUCCUCUCCUGAGACAGAAUUCCAUUGAGCAGUGCAGUGAUGGGGAAGGAAGGAAAAGGACUUCAUCUAUCUGUAGCAGUGACUCCUUAAAUGCUGGAGGGAUUCCUGUCACUCCUCGACGUGUCUCUUGGAGGCAGCGCAUUUUCCUUCGAGUUGCUUCACCUAUGAAUAAAUCUCCCUCAGCAAUGCAGCAUCAAGAUGGACUUGACAGAAACGAGCUGCUGCCUUUGUCUCCUCUUGCUCCAACUAUGGAAGAAGACCCUCUUGUCUUGUUCUUGCCUGGUGAGGAUGAAUCAGAGAAGGUUGACGGCAGAAGAAAAUCUGAAGAACUAAGGAGUUUGUGGAAAAAAGCUAUCCACCAACAAAUUUUAUUGCUUCGAAUGGAAAAAGAAAACCAGAAACUGGAAGCAAGCCGUGAUGAACUCCAGUCCAGAAAAGUUAAAUUAGACUAUGACGAAGUUGGUGUAUGCCAAAAGGAAACCUUACUGUCAUGGGAUAAGAAGUUAUUAAACUAUAGAACUAAAAUCAGAUGUGAUAUGGAAGAUAUUCAUAUUACUCUUAAAGAAGGGGUGCCUAAAAGUCGCCGAGGAGAAAUUUGGCAGUUUUUAGCUCUACAGUAUCGUCUGAGGCACCGAUUGCCAAGUAAACAACAACCUCCUGACAUUUCCUAUAAAGAGCUUUUGAAGCAGCUCACAGCUCAGCAACAUGCUAUCCUUGUAGAUUUAGGAAGGACCUUUCCCACUCAUCCUUACUUUUCUGUACAGCUGGGAUCUGGGCAGCUAUCCCUCUUUAACCUUUUGAAAGCAUAUUCUUUGCUGGAUAAAGAAGUGGGUUACUGCCAAGGGAUUAGUUUUGUGGCCGGAGUACUGCUUCUGCAUAUGAGUGAGGAGCAAGCUUUUGAAAUGCUCAAGUUCCUCAUGUAUGACCUCGGAUUCCGGAAACAGUACAGACCGGACAUGAUGUCAUUACAGAUUCAGAUGUAUCAGCUCUCAAGGCUCCUUCAUGACUAUCAUCGAGAUCUCUACAAUCACCUUGAAGAGAAUGAAAUCAGCCCCAGUCUUUAUGCUGCCCCCUGGUUCCUCACAUUGUUUGCCUCCCAAUUUCCACUAGGAUUUGUAGCCAGAGUUUUUGAUAUUAUUUUUCUUCAGGGAACUGAUGUUAUAUUUAAGGUGGCACUCAGUCUGCUAAACAGCCAAGAAACACUUAUAAUGGAAUGUGAAAAUUUUGAAAACAUAGUGGAAUUUCUUAAAAGCACAAUACCAGAUAUGAAUACAUCUGAAAUGGAGAAAAUAAUUACCCAGGUUUUUGAGAUGGAUAUUUCUAAGCAGCUUCAUGCAUAUGAGGUUGAGUACCACGUGCUACAAGAUGAACUGCAGGAGUCCUCCCCCCGUUCCUGUGAGGAGAGUGAGCCUCUGGAAAAGCUAGAGAAGGCUAAUAACCAGCUGAAGAGACAGAACAUGGAUUUAUUGGAAAAAUUACAGGUGGCUCAUGCUAAAAUCCAGAGUUUAGAAUCCAACCUUGAAAAUCUUUUGACUCAAGAGACCAAAAUGAAGUCCUUAAUCCGAUCCCUGGAACAGGAGAAAUUGACCUACCAAAAGACUGUGGAACAGAUCAGGAAGCGCUUGCCGGCAGAUGCCCUGGCUGACUGUGAGCUGCUGUUGAAGGAAGCGAAUUGUAACCCACAUAAUACAGCAGGAAUAGGAGAGAAGCCAUAGUUUAAGAAGUGCCGCCUCAGCAGGCAGUGAGGUUUGACACGCUGAAGAAAAGGCAGCAUGAGUGUGCUGCAGGACAGUCUCGGGAGACUCAGUGGAAUGGAAUCACCUGGAACUGGUUUGGAAUCUCCAGUAGCAUGAAGGGGGCCUUUAAUCCCAGUCUGCAAAUCCCAGACUACUAAAAGCACUCAUGCUGGGUUUUUUGUGGCUGUUACUGAUUGUGCACGUAGACGUGAAGGGAAAUUUAAAGAAAAAAUUCAUACUUUCAGAUAAGAUAAGUAGAUGUAUAUUUAGAGCAAAUUAACUUCACCAAGGGGAAGAAGAAGCAAGGCUUCCCUGUACACAUGUGAAACCUUUUUUGUCUUUGUAGUGAAAUAAAGAUGUAUCUUUAUAUAUUGAAUAAUACUUGAAGAAAUGAAUGUAUUUUUUUCUCCAAAGAACAGCAUGUUUCACUUUUUUUUGUUGAAAAUCUGUGGUAAAUGCAUAUGUGCCUGUCAUAAAUUCUACUGACUUGUUUAUGGGAGGAUUGUGACUGUGACUGAUAGUCACUUUCAUGUGACUUUUCAGGGAAUGUGGUACAUAUCCAUCCCUUCCUGUUAUGUGCCAUCUUUAGCAUGUUGCUUCCACAUGCAUGUUGACAAGAAGUAGGCAUCAUUUUUUAGCAGCGUGGCUAAAUAGAAUGCAAAAAUGUUUUGCCUGGAUUGCCCAAGGUAAGGGGAGGAGUUUGUAAUUAUGUGGUUAACUGGACCAAUGUUGACAGCCAAACUGGGUCAGUCAGGCCACAAAAUAGCAUCCAUUUUGGAACCUUAACUGUCUAGCCUGUCUACAUUUGUUACUCAAAGUAACCUAGUAAUUGUGAACUUCCCCUUUACUUGGUGCUAUGUAAACACAGCCAAUGACAAGGAUUUACUUUCUUCCUCUCCAAACACAUUUCAGAAUUUCAGUUUUUGUUCUAAUUGCUUUGAAGAAAGCCUGAGAAGAAGGAGACUCAGAUUUUCUCUGCCAGCAAUACUUGGCUUUCUGCAAGUGCCGUGUUGUAAUAAUAUGGCACUUCUCUUCGCAGUUGACAAAAUUAAAUAGAUUAUGAUUUUCUUCCUUUUUCCAUGUAAAAUUUAGCAAAACUGUGAACUGAAUUAGAACAGACUUCUUUUUAAAAUCUCUUAGUGGGGAAUGGAAAAUGUAGCCUCAUGCCCAUCCUAGGACUAAAUUGUAAAUUCUGACUCCCAACAUUUUAUCCACACACAUAUAAACUACUUAGAUCUUCAGCUGUACAGUAUGUAUGGGAGGAAAUUAGUCUUCUAUUACAAAUCCUGCCUCUCCCCACACAUACAUUUUUCCACAUAAAGAAUGAAUUCUUAAAUAGUAUCUACAAAAGGAGACUCAGUAAAGUAAAUGAUGAAGCAAUUUUUUGCUUUUCAGUAUUCCUGUUUUUUAAAGUACUUUUAUAUAAUUACUGACUCAUUGCCUCUCUUCAGUGAGUUUACCUUGCAAUGGACAAUAGAAUACUAAGAGAGAAAAGUGCUGAAACCCAACCACCUCUGAACCUUGUUUGUGUAUUAUUGUCAUGAAUCUGAUUACAGUAGUACCUGUGCUGUAAUACUGAUAUUGUUUGUUUUUGUGUUUCUGAAGAAAAAGUCUUAUUAAUAAAGUUAUGUAAAUUAAAGUUCUCUUUCAUUAGAUGGAAAGUCUAGGUACCUCAUGAAAUCUGGGUAAUCAACUGAUUGGUUCCUAUAGAAUAUUUUAUUGGAUCAGAAUUCCUUCUCUGGCAGUUGAGAGGUUUUCUUCCUAUCUUAAAUUUAAUAAAUGUGUUGAUAGACUACAUAUAUUUCUGUUUUGCCGUGGUACCAGGAUUUAUCUAAUGUGUAGACAUGGAGCAUCAUAUUUUGACUUGGCUGAGUUAUAACUAGGUAAGCUAAGGAGAAUGCUACUCUGUGGUUUUGUUUAAAAUGAAUUUUAGUCAAUAUGUCUAUAAAAGAGACAGCCCUUGGGAACCUGCAGUUAGUAGAGUGUUCAGAGAUUAAAGUGACUCAGAUAUUCUAUGAAAAUGAACAUUUUUUUUUCUCUUUGUGAUUUUUAGGUUGCACCAGUUGUGCUUUGCCCUUUGUUUUAUCCCCAUCAAGUUAAAUGUAGUGUCUGAUUGAUUUCCAAUAAAUGCAUUGCUGCAGUUUCUUUCCA